AAGUGAAGUGACGCUGCGGGGCUUACUGACCUUGAAAGUCUGGCUGAGUUGGUUAUUAGGGUGUGACUGUGCUAACUAACGCUCUUUCGCUUAUGUGCUCAACGUUAGCACACACAGCCACGAGCUACACGCCUCACAGAUUACUUCGAGCGUUGACAUUACCGGUCUUUAAAUGCCGAAACGAAGAGCUCCUGAGUCAUCUGUGAACGGGUGAGGCUGGUCUUUUAGGUGGCAGUAAAGUGUCGUGAGACCAUGUUGGUACAUCUAUUCAGGCUCCAUGGCCUGCUGGUGGCCUCCCACCCAUGGGAGGUAAUAGUGGGCACCCUCGCACUCACCGUCUGCCUCGUAUCUAUGAACAGCCUGGCAACGAGCAGCCAGAUGUGCACCUGGAAUGAGUGCCCCAAAGUUGAAGAGAACAUCCACAGCAGUGACAUAAUCAUCCUAACGAUCACUCGCUGCAUGGCCAUCGUUUACAUCUAUUUCCAGUUCAAGAAUCUCAGACAACUGGGUUCCAAAUACAUUCUGGGUAUCGCGGGGUUAUUUACAGUAUUCUCCAGCUUUGUUUUCAGUACAGUUGUCAUCCACUUCUUUGGCAAAGAGCUGACAGGCCUAAAUGAAGCCCUGCCAUUCUUUCUACUGCUCAUUGACCUACCCAAAGCCUGUGCAUUGGCCAAAUUUGCCCUCAGCUCAAACUCUCAGGAGGAGGUAAGGGACAAUAUUUCCCAGGGCAUGGCCAUCCUGGGCCCCACGUUCACCCUGGACGCUCUGGUCGAGUGUCUGGUCAUUGGGAUUGGCACCAUGUCAGGGGUGCCACAACUGGAGAUCAUGUGCUGUUUUGGCUGUAUAUCUGUCUUGGCCAAUUAUUUCGUCUUCAUGACUUUCUUCCCGGCAUGUGUCUCAUUAGUCCUUGAGCUUUCCAGGGAAAGCCGUGAGGGUCGUCCAGUCUGGCAGCUAAGCCAGUUUGCCCAUGUGCUGGCUGAAGAAGAGGACAAAAAGCCAAACCCUGUUACUCAAAGGGUUAAAAUCAUCAUGUCUCUGGGUCUAGCCUUGGUCCAUGCUCAUACCCGUCUAGCAGCUGAAUAUCCAGGUCACAAUCGAACAGUGGAGGGGUCCAUUGCCAAGAUACUGGAGUCUGAUGGUACUACAUGGCCUCUGAAGCUCAACAGUAUCGACUUGGAGCAGGUCAUAACCCUCAGCCUUGCCCUGCUCCUGGCCGUCAAGUACGUCUUCUUUGAGCAAACAGAGGCGGAGUCUUCCCUGUCCCUCAAGAGUCCCAUAAUCAGCUCCCCUCAAACCCAGCAGCCCUGGGGAGGAGGGGACUGCUGCAGGAGGGACCUCCCAGUGCAGAAACUUCAGAAGACCACGAAUGUUAUUUUGGCAACCAACCCAACGUCUGCAGCUGUCUCAGAGUCUCAACCCUCCCCCGAGGCGGCCGCGGACAUCAGAGUCAAGACAGAAGUAACUCCAGCAGUCUCAGUUGAAAAUGGCCCGUCGUGUUUUGGAGAGUCUGGUGCUUUCACGCCGUCUGUUCCUCUAAGCAACUCCAGUUCAGAGCCGCGGACAGUGGGGGAAUGUAUGACCAUCCUCAUGGAUCCCCAGAGAGGUGCUCGUUUCCUCAGCAACGCAGAAGUGAUAAACCUGGUCACCUCACGCACCAUCCCAAGCUAUAAAAUGGACGUUUUAUUAGAGACUCCAGAGAGGGGCGUGGCUAUCAGGAGGGAAAUGUUGUCUCCAGAACUGCCCGUUUCCUCUGCUUUGGCUUGUCUGCCUUACAAGGACUACGACUAUUCUAAGGUGUUGGGUACUUGCUGUGAGAAUGUCAUCGGGUACAUGCCGGUGCCAGUAGGAGUGGCUGGUCCUCUUCUGUUGGAUGAGAAGCAGUUCCACAUUCCGCUGGCGACCACAGAGGGCUGCCUGGUCGCCAGCACUAACAGAGGAUGCAGAGCAAUUUCUCUGAGUGGGGGCUGCCACAGCAGAAUCCUCGCUGACGGUAUGACCCGAGGUCCUGUGGUGAGGCUGCCGUCGGCGUGCCGGGCCGCAGAGGUCAAAGUCUGGCUCGAGACCUUGGAUGGGUUCAGUGCAAUCAAAGAGGUCUUUGAUCAGACCAGCAGGUUUGCUCGUCUGGAGAAGCUGAUGGUGAGCAUAGCUGGGAGGAACCUGUACAUUCGCUUGCAGUCUCAGACGGGAGACGCCAUGGGCAUGAACAUGCUGUCGAAGGGAACUGAACAGGCGUUGCAUCGACUCAAGCAGCAGUUUCCAGACACGGAGCUGCUGUCGGUCAGCGGCAACUUCUGCACCGACAAAAAGUCCGCUGCCAUAAACUGGAUUCUGGGCCGCGGCAAGGCUGCGGUCUGUGAGGCCACCAUCGCUGCAGAGGUGGUCAGAGAGGUGCUGAAGAGCAGUACAGCUGCUCUGGUGGAGCUGAACAUCAAUAAAAACCUGGUGGGCUCGGCCAUCGCUGGAAGUAUAGGAGGCUUUAACGCUCACGCAGCCAACAUCGUAGCAGCCAUUUACAUUGCCUGUGGACAGGAUCCUGCUCAGACAGUGGGGAGCUCCAACUGCAUCACUCAGAUGGAGCCUGCUGGUCCACAUGGAGAAGAUCUGUACAUCAGCUGCACCAUGCCCUCCUUAGAGCUGGGUACAGUGGGUGGAGGCACCAACCUGCUGCCACAGCAGGCCUGUCUACAGAUGCUCGGUGUCCAGGGUAGCAGGCCAGACCAGCCCUGCGAGAAUGCCCGUCAGCUGGCCCGCAUCGUCUGUGGCACCGUCCUGGCAGGGGAGCUCUCUCUGAUGGCGGCUCUAGCUGCCGGACACCUAGUCAAGAGUCACAUGACCCACAACCGAUCUAGAACAAACUUGUCAGAAUCGUCUCGAAACGGAGACGUCAAACAAUGAAGUGGCGUCCGUCCUCGCAGUGAGUUGGUGAACGUCGUGGACACAGGUGCAGGACGUCACUGUGACCGCUGACGGGGUCUACUUGUGGAAGACCGUUAACCAGACCAAUUUCUUUUUCAACAGACGCUCGGUACGUUUACAUGACAACUGUGCAAAACCUCUAAAGGGGAAUUAGCUGGUUGGACUUCAGUGGGACUUACAUUUUUAGAAGCAAGGUUUUAGUCGGAAUCCAACUGUCCUGUAAACGUACUGUCCGUGUGUUGACGUUGUGCGUCUCCCCUGCUGAUUGCAGAAGACCUGACGAGUUGUUGUUAUUUAUCUACUUGUGCCAUAUGUCUGCAACAUUUUAAAAUUGCCUUUAGUGUUUUAACACAGAUGUGUCAGAAACCGGGGGAGUCACGACGAGAGUUUUGGUUAACCUAUGCUACGUCCACAUUACUGCAUCUGCUAUAGUGCCAUAUGUACCAAUGUUUGGACAUCUGGACAUGCCCAAAAUAAUAUUCUUCUUUAUUUUUGUAGUAAGCUUUUGCUGUGGCUGUGUUUGCCUGUAAAAGCUAAGAAUGAAGCUGUAAAAUGCUAAAUUAACUGGAAAGUAUUUGUAUGGCAGUGUGUUGAGCUUAGAGGAGCAGCUUCAUGAUGCAUUCACUGAAGCCUGUCAAAGUAAGACAUUUUCUUUAGCCAGAAAGAUUAUGAAUAGUUGCAUAAAAGAUUCAUGCCCAUCAUGGUUGUAACAUGGUGGUGAAAGAUAACACCUCUGUAAAGCAAGGCCCUGGUGUAAAGUGCAUGUAAAAGCCAUAUUCUAAGAGUAUGAAACCUGAACUAUUGUAAUUUUAAAGUCAUUAUACACCUUUAUUAAUCAUUAUAGGUAGCAUAUUUAGUUUCAGCUGCCCUAAAUGUCACACACUGGACCUUAAAAACACACUUACUUUUUUGCUGCCCAUUGUCGUUCCUCAUUAGUGGCACGUUCUGAAACGCAGCAUCCGACUCUUCCACUGCUGUGGUCACUGACUGGUCACAUGAUGUCUGUUUUCACGUUUCUUAGCUUGGACACAGGUUGUCUUGUUUAAAAAAAAAAAAAAGCAAA